GUCCCCUCCAUACCAUUCUCACCACAAUCUUGCACCCGCGUCCCAAAUAUUUCUUACUCUCUUCUUAGAUUAUUUCGAGACUAGGGCUCGAGCCUGAUAGUUUCGGGAGCGAGCUAACAAUCGACAAUGGUUCUGGGAUGGGUCCUACCCCUCCAACCUGUCGCCUCAUCUAUGCGGCGAACUUUCAGCUCAGAAGAGCUGCUGGGCGUAUAGGAGCAGCAUCGUCGUGGACAGCUUCUUCCUCAAGCGCCUUGACAUUCCCCUCCACGAUAUGCAAGAGCCCCCGAGGAAUCUCGGCCAGAAUGGCCUCCACCCUUCCCUCCUCUCCCAUCUUCGCAGCCAUUGCCAAUCACGACCCAAAGUCUCCUGCAAUAAUACACAGUGCCUCUAAUAGGACCUUCUGCUACGGCAGUCUACUACAUGAUGUUGCUGCCGCAAAGGACAAGUUGACCGCUCUUGCUGGGGGAAGAUCUCUGGUAGGUGAGAGAAUAGCUUUUCUGGCGGAAAACGGGUAUGAUUAUGUGGUGACGUUCCUCUCAAUCCUCUCACACGAUGCAAUCGCCCUCCCCUUGGCGCAUUCUCACCCGAGCUCCGAGCUCCGAUACAUCCUCGAGAAUAGCGAAGCUGCAUUGUUCCUUUCGACGGAGAAAUUCCAAGAGAAGGCGAAAGAGGUGCUGAAAGAAGGAAUAAACCAUGCACCGAGACUGGAAAUUCUGUCCAAGAUUGAAACCGGAGCACUGUCCGCCGAGAAUGUCAGGUUUGGCUCCAAGGCCCUUGAAAAUGGAGGGUUCAUGCUUUAUACCUCCGGGACCACUAAUCGUCCCAAGGGCGUGGUUCUAUCUAUGGCCAACAUGACGGCACAAUCUAGUUCCUUGAUCAAAGCAUGGAAAUAUAGCGCCUCAGACCUGCUCCUCCACGUUCUCCCACUGCAUCAUAUCCAUGGCACUAUCAACGCGCUGUAUACUCCGCUUAUGGCCGGUUCAGCAAUCGAGUUCGCCUACCCAUUUAAUGCGGAUACGGUGUGGCAGCGACUUGCCGCACCGUUCCUCCCCAACACCUCUCCUUCCUCUCCAGAUCAAGCUAAAAGACCUAUAACUUUCCUUACCUGUGUUCCGACGAUAUAUAAUCGCCUGCUGGCAACUCAUUCUUCUCUGCCCCCGGAAAUGCAGACCGCAACCCGCACCGCGAUCACCCCUCGCUACCUCCGACUGAAUAUAUCUGGUUCUGCAGCGCUCCCUGCACCAACGAAACAAGCCUGGACAGAGCUCUCUAAUGGUAACGUCCUUCUCGAGCGCUACGGGAUGACGGAGGUUGGCAUGGCACUAUCUUGCGGACUGGCAUUUGAGGAUCGAGUGGACGGUUCGGUUGGAUGGCCGUUACCCGGAGUCGAGGUACGACUCGUCGAUACCGAGACAGGCACAGUAAUCGAAGCGGGCGAAGAAACGGAUCAGAACGGCGACCCGCGAGAAGGGGAAAUCCAACUCCGUGGCCCGACUGUAUUUAAGGAGUAUUUCCGCAACCCCUCCGCUACAGCGGCAGAAUUCGUCGAGUCUGAAGACGGAAAAGGAGACUGGUUCAAAACAGGAGACGUGGCAAUCCGCCAACUCGUGCCGGGAACCGGCAAAAGCGAGCAAUCCUGGGCUCAUGGGCCAAUGUACUUCAUCCGAGGCCGCAAAUCUGUCGACAUUAUCAAAACGGGCGGGGAAAAGGUUUCUGCACUGGAAAUUGAACGGGAACUUCUCUCGCUCCCAGAGAUCGCCGAAGCCGCGGUAGUGGGGAUCCCGAACGAGCAAUGGGGUCAGAAGGUCGCGGCGGUGGUGGUUCUGAGUGAGAAAGGGAAGAGCGGCGGUAAGGGAGGCAAGCAAUGGGGAGCAAUGGAUAUGCGCAGGGCCUUGAAGGAUAAGUUGGCGAAUUACAAGAUUCCGCAGGAACUCAAGGUCGUGGAGAGCAUUCCGCGGAACGCCAUGGGCAAGAUCAACAAGAAGACGCUCGUGAGGCACGUCUUCUAAAGGGGCUUCGGUGAGUGAAUCACGGGCCAUCUGUUUAAAACUCGGCCAGGACAAUUUCCUUUGGCGCAUGGACUGAAGAGCGACAAAUUGACUGGACUCGGAUAAGGGUGUCAAUCGGGAGAAUAAAAAGAAACCGCGAGGGCGGCGGGAUAGGUGGAACAUCUGGGCUCUAUUGUGGCAACUGGCUUGAUGUACAAGUAGCUGCAUACAGGCAGCAUCUCGGAAUGCUGGUGUACGAAUUGAACAAAAACCAUUCGCCACUCCACCUGUGAAUACUAGUGUUAGGCCAAGAAAGACUGCAGAGCAACCACCAGUCAAAGAUAUAGCCCAGAAGAGGCGGCUGGAGCUGAUCCUUCAUUUGUUGGACUGUGGUGAGGGUGGACGUCGUCCGAGCGCCAGGUGGAAGACUUUCCCUGUCUGGAUUCUGGGCCUGAUUUCUCAAUGACUGUGGCCGGACCAGGCGAGAUGCGAGGUAAUUGUGUGCGUUUAAUGGCCAACCCUUUCCG